AUGAAAGGACAUAUCAUGUAUCAGAGGCUUUAUGGAUUGAUUCUCAUGUCCAGUUUUAGCUUUCUCACAGAUGCACUUUCACUAAAAGGAAAAAGGCUGGAUUUUUAUGGAAGAGCUCACACAUAUGUAAGCCUGACCAACACCAUUCCUGAACUCAUUUGAUUCACAGAAUGCAUUGACCUGGUAUUUGUGGAUGACAAAUCAAGUGAUUGUUUGGCCAUCUCCUAUAUUAUUAGUAAUAUAUUAUUAUCAGUAAUAGGAGAAGACAUAGACCUUGGGCUUGCAGGAGAUCACCAGCAGUUAACACUAUACAACUUGUGCAAAACCUUUUAUAUCCAUUACCACUUGAUUCCAUUUCAAUGACAUGCAGUAUGCUUGAUAUGGGAUGGCAUGAAAGGCAAAUUAGAGCUCUUCCUGAAUAAAGAAAGAAUACUGGUAAUGAUGGGUCAACCACAAAACCUGACACCUAAUGGGACUCUGUUUCUAGGACAUUUUCUUAAGAAGAAACAGGUUAAAAGUAUGGUGCCUUGAUUCACUGGUAGCUUGUACUACUUACAACUCUGGGACUACAUCCUGGAAAAUGAGGAGUUUAUGAAGUGCUUGGGUGGAAACAUAGUUAGUUGGGAAGAUGUUUGGCUCGUCAACAAGAUCAUCCAACUCUGUGACAGUAGUCUACAAUAUUUUAUUUCUGAAAAUAUGACAAUUCAAGAAACAAGUACAAUUCUUUCACAGCAAAUAGAUUUAACAACCCCAUCCCAAAUUACUGGACUAAAACCUCAAAAUAUUGUAUAUACUUCUACAAUUAUGUCUAAAGGCAUACCUGUAUUUAAAACUGAUUAUAAAACCAUAUCAUAUUCCAAUACAACAUCUCCACCUCUGGAAACAAUGACUAUACCAAAAUUUUUAAAGACAUCCAUUUCUGAGACAGCUACAUUCAUAGCAGACAUUUUGUCUACUUCAGCAGCUGUUGCUCUACCCACCAAGAAUACUUCCACAGGCACUACUACCAAUUCCAUGAAAAUAACUAAAUCCCCAUCUUCAGAGAACACAGUGACAACAAAAAGGGCUGGAACCAUUUUUGAGACCUUUUAUCCAACUACAGCUACUAAUUUCUUAUACACAUCUGGAUUUACCAAGAAUUCAAUUGUACCCAAAACUUCAGCGAUUGGGUCUCCACUGGCCAUUAUGAAGACAGCAUCUUUAUGCUCAUCUAUUGAGUCAACAUCCAAAUCUACACCAUCAUGGCAUAAACACAAAUCCACAGGUAUUGGAGCACUCCCUAGCUCCACAGCUAGCCAGGAGUUUCUUGCAUCUACAGUUGCUGGAACUGUACCUUGGUCCACUGUGAAACAGACUUCUACUCACAUUGGGACUGCAUCAGCAUUCCCACCUAUGUCUGUGCUCAUCUCCAAAGCUGCUCCAGUAGAUACUGUAUUUCCUAGAAAUCAGGAAGCAUCUACAUUGGCAAUGACUGAUAAAAAAAUAUCAUUUACAGUUCAUUCAAUGACACUUCCAUCUAAGCCUAUUGAGACGACUUCUGAGCUAAGAACAGUUGAAACAGAAUUGACAUCUACAAAUUUCCAGGAUGUCUCUUCACCCAGAAUGGAAGAUACAAUAUCUAUCUCCAUGCAAAAAGAGGCCUCUUCUAUGGCCCUUUCUUUCAGGACAUCCUCUUCAUUAACCAGAGCUCAGAGUGUACAGACAAAUAUUGAUACUGAGACCACACAUACAUCCUUGAUUCCUGGAAUCACACUUGCACCUGCAGCUGAUGAAAGUAUGCUUUCCCCCACAGUUACUGGGUCAGAAUAUACCAAGAAUACAUCCACAGAUGGUGAAAAUGUGUUUCCUUUUAUCUCCACCAGAUCAGCUUUCACAUCCAGGGCAUCUGAGUCUGGUCCCACAACAAUAAGUGAUGAAGGUGCCCAUCUAUUUACCAGUGAGAUCAAUUGGACUUCAGACCAGACCAAACUCUGUUGACGUCAAUAUCCAUGGGAAUAUUCUAAUACAGAACAUUCAUCCACAACUGCUGAUGUUGAUAAACCUCCAGAAGCAUCCAUAGAAAGUGAGGCUACCACUACCGCUGAUGCUAUUAUUAAUACUGAUACCAUAAUAGACAGAUAUACAACAGCUCUAUCCAACUUGACAUCUCCAUGUUUGGCUAAUUUCUCCAUAGUUUCUAGAACCACAUCUAUAAACAAACUGCCUGAGUUUAAACUUACCACCUUAUUACUAAGAGCCACCCCUAGGUCCACAGUAGCUGGAAAUCAACUUCUUUCAACAUCAAAGGAAACAGUUUUUCCACCAGUAGAUAUAAUAUCUACCCUUGCUGACACUGAACUAGAUUUUUCUACUGAGAGUGCUUCUGAGACUACACAAACAGAGGUAAAAAAUAGAAUUGCAUUUGGAGAGACAACAAUCCCUGUACCGGAGUCCGCAACAACACAAAGAUUCAAUGCUUCUGUGACAAGGAAAGAAACAACUUCCCAUUAUCUUAAGGGAAGAUCAACUAUAGCAGCAACAACAGAGGUUUCUCCAUUUGCAACAAUGCAGGAAGCAAGGGAUGAGUCUAUACAAAUGGUGACAGCUUCUGUCAUUGUUUCCCCUUUUCCUGAUUUAGAAAAGUCGACUUCCCCAUUGGAUAAUAAAACUGCAACUACUGAGGUGAGAGGAAGAUGCCUUUCACCAAAAUCAGUUAAAACCACACCUGAGACUUCCUACAAUGGAUCUACAGAAAUCUUUAAUUCCACCCACACAUACACAGAAGAGUGGACUUCAGAGACUCCACCUGAAGGUAAUCCAACUCCAUAUCCCACUUCUGGGAGCACAAAGGCAUUCCCUGAACCCCUGGUUGCUUCUACCAUAAGAAUAUUGGAAACCAGUUUUGCCACUAUUCCUACAGAGAGGACAGCUAUGUCCUUGUCUACUGGUAUGUUUCCUCCACAACCUACAACUACCCAUUCCUUAACAACCCCUGUGCCUAUUAUCCAUAUGUACUCACUGCCAGUUAAUGCCUCUGCUGUCACCUCUAUGGUGAUGUCUGAAGAGACUAAGGUUACCAUGUCUGAGCCUUCUGCACUGGACAGGGCUUCCUCCACAUCUGCACUCUCAGAUGUCUCACCUCUGUCAUCAGCUAUACUGACUACAGCAUCGGUGCCACCAGUGGAUCAGACUGCUUCCACAACCAGCGAUAUUGUGACACCUAAAGCAAUUUCCUUUCUGACAGAAACUACAAUCUCCUCAUUGAGACCUACCAGUCCUUUGGCAACUAAGGCUGAGACCACUUUUCUGUCCACCUCAGCUGACAGAGUAACUUCAUCCACACCCACUCUUGCCUGCUCUAAAUAUCUCCCUGACAAUAUUUCUGUUGUGACCUCCACUCAUAUGAUCUCAACAAUGUCUAUACCAGUAGCAACCCAGUCCACAUCUCAAGUAGAGGAUGCUUCCACCCAUGCUCUCAGCUUCCCGAAUACUUUCAAUGGCAGUGGAGAUGUCGUUAGCCUGAUUACUGCCACCACAGAAAAUUAUGUUAUUGAUGAGACCAGGCCCUCUGCCAACGAGCUUACUACCUCAGGUGGUCAGAUUUCUCAGUUUUCCACAGGUCUUGCAAACAUACUGGUCCCCACUCUAUCAGUGACUCAUAUUUCUACCUUAACUUCUGACAAAGAGCAGAUUAUCACCUCCCUAGGAAAAACCCUUGGAACUAUGGAGGUGACAGAGAUAUCCCCAUCAAAUAAUCCUUUUAUUUCAGAGUCUCAGAGUUCUUCAUCCUUGGAAAUGACAGAUACAGGAUUCGCUGAGACCACAAAAAUUUCCAGUCAUCAAACACAUUCACCUUCAGAGAUUUCACUUGUAACUCCCCGUGAUGGAAUUUCAGCUUCAUCUCCUACAUCUGGGCAUACACAGACUAUACCUACCACCUGGAUCUCAAGUAACACCGAUGUUCACAUUUCAGAAAUGUCUACCAGUCUUGGGAAAACAGCUUUCCCUUCAAAAGCUCUGACAAUUACCACAUUUUUGUCUCCUGACAAAGAAAGCGUAAGUGCCCUCUCAAUAUAUACUUGCAGGACUGAGAAAAUGACAGUAAGAACCACCUCUGUGACUCAACCUUUCUCAUACCACCAGAACACUUCAUUUGUAGAUGCCAUAUCUUCCAGGACAACCAGAAUAUCAAAUCCUAAAAACAUCAACACAACUCUUUCACACUUGCUUUCACCCCAGACUCAACCUGAGGUGACAUCAGUUGCCUCUCCCAUUUCUGAAAGCACACAGACCUCCCCAGAGUCCCUGUCUUUUUCCAUAACUGGACUGUCUAGUGCCAAUUUUACAAUUAUUUCUACUGACAGGGUCACUAUAGCCCUUUCUGCUCCAAGUGUAACUACCGCACUUCUUGGGAAAACAUCUAUGGCAACGUCCAUUCCUAUCUACCAGAUGUCUUCACUGCCAGUUACUGCCUUCACCUCCAGAAGAGUUUCUGACACUCCUACAAUACUAAUGACCAAAUAUUCUAAAAUAACACAUGCAGAUUGUUUGAAAAGACACUCUAUAGCUACUUCUGGAUGUGGGUCUGAGAUUUCCUCAGUGUCAGUUCAUGACUCUUACCAAUUUUCACAAAUAACUUAUUCUAGAACUGCUGCUCCUAAAAGUGUGAUUUCAUCUAUCCCUUCAGAUAGUCCCACUCCCUUGAAUAUUCAGGUUUCCCAAUAUUUGACUAGCUUUAAGAGCACUCCUAGACCCACACAAAGUAUAAAAGCCACCACUUUCUUUUCUUCAAAAACAAAAAAAAUGACUUCCUUGUCUGAAAAUACUUCAAGCACUGAACUAACAAAAGGUGCCACAUCUGUAAAUAUCCCUGUUUCAUACCAUCCAUGGACUCCAUCCAGUGCAACUCUGCUCUCUUUUAAAACAUUUCUUUUUUCACCUCAUAGUACUAAAGCUGAAUUCUCUACUCCAAAGACUUAUCUUCCUCCUACAUCCCACAAGGUUGAAUUUCCAGUUCUGGGAACAAGAACCACAUCUAGUAACACCCAGCCUCUGCUUAUGACUUCCUGGAACAUACCCAUAGCUAAAGAUUCUCAAUUUCCAAUUUUUACCACUACUCAUGUGCUUACACCCAAGAAGAUGGAAACAGAGACUCCAUACCUCGUUCCUGGGUCUUUAUCAACAUUCAUGGCCUCUAAGACUGGUCUUGUAUCUGGAAAUGUUAUGGCAAUAUCAUCAAUUUCUACAUCAGGAAUUCUUCCUACCUUGGGGAUGUCUGAGAGCCCUUCAUUAUCAAUAUCUUCAAGAACUAUUCCUACCACUUUGGUUGAUAUUAAGCAGACAUUUGGUAAGACUAACAUAUCUGUGACUCCUGUGACCACACUCCCAUCAAAUCCUUCUUGUGCUACUUCAGGAUCUAUAAUUUCAAAAAAUACUACUUCACCCAUGCUGACAUGGGUCUUAUCUAGUCUCCCUUCAGGUUCUCCUCUGGCAACCGUAUCUAAUACUCCAAUUAUAACUUCCUCUGCAGUAGAGGUGCAGCCCACACUGGACUCCCUUCCAAAUAUAAGCACUACUACAUCCACAACUACUGAAGCCUCAUUUUCUCUCACAUCUACUGGAGUAAUGUAUCCUCUUACAGCAACUGUGUUUUCACUACUUUCUUCCUCUUUUGAGACAACCAGGCUGGACUCUACACCUUCCUUUCUAUCUACAGAAACAUUGACUUCUCCUAUUGCCAUUUAGUACACAGUUUCCUUUUAUAAUAUUGGAAUGAGCUUCUCUGUCUUUGAUGAAGAGCCAGCGAUCCCUAUUACCAGUAUUGUAAAUGAAUUAGCAGAAAAUUGGUUGAAUUCUAUAUUUCAGGACAGUGAAUUUGCUCUUGCUAAUCUGGCUAUUCAAAUUAAAAGCAGAGACACUUCUAAGGAAGAAAAAACCAUGGACCAAAAUUUUCGAGUAUGUACUUUUCUUUUGCUUUAUUUGGAACAGAGAGAAGGGCAAGAGAUGGCUACAAUUUCCCAUGCGUUAUACAGCUGUGUCUGUCAGGUCAUCAUAAAGGCCAACUCUUCUUUAGCACCCACUGAAUUGAUUAGCAGGAUUAAAAGUAAAAUACAUGGCAACCUCAUGCAUGGAAACUUCACACAAGAUCAAUUGACGUUAUUAGUAAAGUCUGAACAUGUUGCAGUGAAAAAACUAGAGCCAGGAAAGUGCAAAGCCGAAGAGACAACCUCUAAAUACAAAGGGACAUAUAAGUGGCUCUUAACCAACCCUACUGAUACAGCCCAAACUAGAUGCAUAAAAAAUAAGGCUGGAAACGCUACUAGAAUCUGCUCAAUCAGUAUGGAUACUGGCAAAUCUCAGUGGGAAAAACCAAAGUUUAAACAAUGCCAAUUGCUGCGAGACCUUCCUGAUAAGAUUGUGGAUCUUGCUAAUAUUACUAUCAGUGAUGAGAAUGCAGAUGAUGUUGCUAAGCACAUUUUAAAUUUGAUAAAUAAGUCCCCCUCUCUGGAUGAAGAAGAAACAAGGAUUAUUGUUUCUAAAUUAUCUGAUAUUUCACAAUGUGAUGAGAUAAGUAUGAAACUAACCAAGAUUAUAUUACAAAUAAUCGAUGCUGUUUUGGGAAAGCAAAACAAUUCAGUAUCUGAUCUACAUGAAGUAAGCAAUGAAAUUCUGAGGAUAAUCAACCGUGCCGGUCACAAGAUGGAGUUUUUGGGGAGGACAGCAAAUCUGACAGUGGCCAGCCUGGCUUUGGCUGUCCUGCGGGUGGACCACACAUUUGAAGGCAUGAUCUUCAGCAUUGGCUCCUAUGAAGAAGGUACAGACCCUGAGAUUUACCUAAGUGAAGUCCCUCUGGGGAGGGUUUUGGCUUCCAUAUAUUUGCCUAAAUCACUGAAGGAGAGAAUUCCUCUUAGCAACUUACAGACCAUCUUAUUUAAUUUCUUUGGCCAAACUUCACUUUUUAAGAUCAAAAACGUCACUAAUACAUUAACCACAUAUGUUGUGAGUGCCAGCAUUUCAGAUAUAUCCAUUCAAAACUUGGCUGACCCAGUAGUUAUUACUCUGCAGCAUAUUGAAGGAAACCAGAAUUAUGAUCAAAUUCAUUGUGCCUUUUGGGACUUUGUGAAGAACAAUGGGCUAGGUGGAUGGAAUUCAUCAGGCUGUAAAGUAAAGGAAACAAAUAUAAAUUACACAAUCUGUCAUUGUGACCACCUCACCCAUUUUGGAGUCUUAAUGGAUUUAUCAAGGUCUGCAGUGGACGCAGUGAAUGAGCAGAUAUUAGUACUUAUAACAUACACCGGAUGUGGAAUCUCCUCCGUUUUCCUAGGAGUUGCAAUGGUGACAUACAUAGCUUUUCACAAACUUCGAAAAGACCAUCCUUCCAAAAUCCUGAUCAAUUUGUGUGCCGCACUACUGAUGCUAAACCUGGUUUUUCUGUUCAAUUCUUGGUCUUCAUCAUUUCAGACAGAGGGACUUUGUAUCACAGCAGCAGUGGCACUUCAUUACUUCCUGCUCGUUUCUUUGACAUGGAUGGGCCUGGAGGCAGUGCACAUGUAUUUUGCUCUAGUUAAAGUCUUCAACAUAUACAUUCCCAAUUAUAUUCUUAAAUUUUGCCUAGUUGGUUGGGGGAUCCCAGCAAUCAUGGUGGCAAUCAUACUGAGUGUGAAGAAAGAUCUGUAUGGAACUCUGAGCACCACAUCUCCAUUUUGUUGGAUUAAAGACAAUUCUCUAUUUUACAUCUCAGUUGUGGCUUAUUUUUGCCUCAUAUUUCUCAUUAACUUCUCCAUGUUCUGCAUUGUUCUUGCUCAACUGAAUUCCAUAAAAUCCCAAAGCCAGAAGACUCGGCAGAAGAUGAUCCUAUAUGACCUCAAAAGCACAACAAGCCUAACAUUCUUACUUGGCCUCACCUGGGGGUUUGCCUUUUUUGCCUGGGGACCUGUGAGGAUCCUUUUCUUGUAUCUUUUUGCCAUUUUUAAUACUUUACAAGGAUUCCUCAUUUUUGUGUUCCACUGUGUGAUGAAGGAGAGUGUGCGGGAGCAGUGGCGGACUCACCUCUGUUGCAGGCGGUUGCAAUUGGAUAAUUUUUCUGAUGGGAGCAGCAGAUAUGAGCUAAAUGUUGGGUAUAAACAGGAAAGAUUGAAGAAAACCUUCAAGCACAAAUUGUUGACACCAUCCCUCAAGUCAACUACAAGUAGUUCUACUUUCAAAUCUUUAGGCUCUUCACAAGGCACUCCUUCAGAAAUAAGCUUCCCAAGUGAUAACUAUGAUGAAGAUUCCUACUGUUGCUCUCCCUUGAGUUGUGAUGUUGUGCCUAAUUGUACUGUUUCAAGCAGCACCUUUAUCUACAACCCAGAAUAUUGGGGUUACACAGGAUCAGAGCUGGAGAAGAGUGUGCAGGUCAUCUACGGCUGCCCGUCAUCUCACCACUUAUUUUAUGGAUGA